UGCAGCUUCCUGAGAAAUCGAAAGUGUUUCGCAGUCACGCAGCCUGAAGUGGUUACACGUCUGUUAGAGUCGUAACAGUGAAGUUUAAUGAUGUUUAAUCUUCAGAUGUCUUCUACAAACAUGAAGCUUCUUCCUCUCGCGUGUCUCUGUCUCCUGACUCGGUCUGGAACAACGUUGGCUGAUGAACAAAGUCCAGUGAUCAUCAAAGUGGAAGAAGGCAGUGAUGUUAUUUUACCCUGUUCCCUCAGCCCCAAGGAGGACAUUGAGUACAAACUCUUUGACUGGAAGAAAGAUGGUCAGAAGGAGGUUUUCAUGUAUGAUGCAGGAAUUUAUUACAAUAAGGGCCUUUCAGGUCAAGAUGAGCAGUUCAAAGGUCGCGUCUCACAUUUUCAAGAUGAGCUGAAGUACGGCAACGCCUCCAUCAAGAUCAGAAAUACGAAGGUGAAUGACAGUGGAAACUACAGCUGUGAUUUUCCACGUCUGCAGCCAAGACAGACAUUCAACAUUCAGCUUGUUGUUGGAGCAUCUCCAAAGCCGUCUGUUACAAUACUUAAUGAAACAAAUGAUGGGAUGCUGCUGCAGUGUGAAGUUCUUGGUGCUUCUCCAAAACCUACAGUAGAGUGGCAGGACAGUGCUGGAAACAAACUUCCUGCUGAGGAGCCACAGGUCUCAGAAAGAGGAGGCAGCUUCUACAUCACUGUCAACACUACUGUGAAGAAGACCGACCGCUAUCGCUGUGUAGCCACACAGGAGGAGAUCAAACAUCAGAUUUUUAAAGACAUAUAUGUGAAGGUCAAUGGGUCUCCCACUGAUUCCUCCUCUGGAUUAGAUGUUCCUUUACUUGGUGCUGCUCUCCGCGUUGUUGCGGUUGUUCUAGCUGUGUGUGUGUAGGCUGGAAAUGCAGCCAAAAAUUACAGAGAGAACCAAAGACCCCACAAUUAUGAGAUGGCACUCUUUUACAGAGCAGUGGGAUCAAAGACAAUGCAUCAGGUCAAGAAGAUCACGUCUCACAUUUUCCAGAUAAAGUGUAGCACGGCCCCCAUCAUGAUCUGUAAUACUUAUAAUAUAUAUAAAUAUUUUACACUGCAGAUAUUAGACUAGCAGCUAGCGGACUUUUCCAUAUUAAAUAUUAAUCAUACUUGUGCUAAACCAGGUGUGUUACCUGUUCCGUGUUUGUAAAAUAUCCACUGCUUCUUCUAACAUAACACUUGAUUUAUACUUUUCUUAUUUACUGGUCGUUUAAGUCGCUGCAUCUAUUGACAGAACAGAGUUAUGUAACGUAACAGGUUGGGCUGCAGCGAUCGAUUCACUUUAGUAAUCGAGUAUUUUACAGAUUAUUUCGCCGAUUAAUCGAGUAAUCAGCGCUGCCUUCAUGCUGUUGUGGUCGGCUGGUUCUGUUGUACAGAGCUGUUUUCUUUUAGCUUGAAAUCAUCCCAUUCUUCUCUGACUCUGUUUCUUCUUCCUUCUCUGUUUUCUCUCUCUUCCUUCAUGUUAUAAUCCUCACCAUCAAAUGGCAUCGUCUUCACUUGUCCGCAGCGUAAACAGGUUGUGCGACACUAAUAAUGGGCGGUGAUGGUACAGUGGAUAAGACACAUUCCUUUGGUCUGAGAGACCCGGGUUCGAAUCCCCUGUGAGACACCAAUGUGUCGCUGAGCAAGACGCUUAGUUGCUCCAGAGGCGUGCAACCUCUGACAUAUAUAGCAAUUGUAAGUCGCUUUGGAUAAACGCGUCAGCUAAAUGAAUAAAUGUUAAUGUAAUAAUCGUCCGUGUGAAACUGUACAUCAGUGCUUUUCUGUAAUCUAGUUAUCAACUUUCUUGAAUUGUUUCAGCCCUAGUAACGAGUAGUUCACCUGCUCUGCUCCUUGAAUACGCACAGAGCCCCCUCAGUGGCUCAUCUGCCCACCAAAGCAGUCCUACAGGGAAACACUGUGUUGUUGUCAUCUUCUUGUGCUGUAGAUGCUGUUGAAAAUUAAUAAUGUUGGAUUACUAUUAUUCUUGUUCUUGGGAGUUUGGGUUAAUGCCUGAUCAUUUAAAAAUAAUGAAGCCUUAAAUUUAAAAUGUUUUAUAAAUGCAUGAUUUUUCUAAUAGUCGUGUUAAAUAACCGUGACCUCAAUACUGACCAAAAUAAUCAUGAUGAUGGUAAAUGGUCUGUAUUUUGUUUAGUACCUUUCUCGUCUUUCUGACUACUCAAAGCUCUUUAUGUCUCACGCUGACGAGCAGAGCCGCCAACUUUUGAGUUCAUCAGAAACAGAAAUUAUGUUACAAACCUCAUUAUAAUUAUGUUCAUUUCAUUUUCUUUAUACCUGCACAUUUUAAUUCUACAACAGCAAGACCACAAGGAACUGAUACCUGUCCGUCAUCACUCAAAAGUUUCAUUAGCUGUGUUAUUAAUAUACUAUAUAAGAUACAGAUAUAUUUAAUUUGAGUUAAUACCAGUCUGUAUGAAAGGAAGGACAUUUUGGCAGAUCCUCACUUACUUGUUUGAAGGCUAAGACCUGGUUUUAAGGUUAUAGUUAGAUUGGGUUUCAGGUUAAGGUUAGGAUCAGUGUUGUGGUUAGAGAGAUGUGAUGGUCGCAAGAUGAAAGUGAGGUUGUUGAGGUGGUGAAUGUGCAUGAAGCUCAUCCUGUUUUCAUAUGGAAGCAUUACCACGACCACAACCUUUCCCUUAACAAGUGUUUAUAAACUGUCCCUCAUGGACAGUAAGAUGACAGCAGGCCAAAAUAUAUAGUUGUUACCUUUAUCUCCCAGCACCCAAUAUCUGGUUAAACAAAAUACUUAGAAAUAAAGUCCAAGUCAAGUGUAGAACGCAAAAGUCCGUCAAAGAAAAGACGCAUCAGUACGCUCUAACAGACGGCUGAACAACAUCUGGAUUGAUUUAAUGGCACUGACUGGAGAAGAACUUCUUUUGCAGAUGUUUCAAGUAAUUCAGUUAAAAUUUGCGCCACAUUUGGAUGGAAACUUGAUUUACAGACGAAUUUUCAUUCCACCUGUGUGUGGCAGCUUUAGUUUUACUCCAACAUGAAUUGAUCUUUCCCUCACAGCUAACAUAUCUACACAUCGAUCAUGUAGUUUCCCUGGACAGAUGUUGAAAUCAUUCAGAAUAAAUGCAACAUUUU